CAAACCCCCAUAUUCACAAUGUUCGGUCUCGCAAGUAGACGGUCAGCACUUGCUGGCUCAAAAUGCCUGACUCCCUCAUUGCCGGCGCGAGCCAUGGUCGCAACACAGCCUGCCUGCGCCAACAUCCAGGAGUUUCAUUCCACGUCUGCACAGGCUGCAUCCCGGCCGACUUGGAUGCCGAUGCGUGUUAAGACGCCUUGGAUUGAUGCGUUGACUCAGAGUCGCGAGGCUGCUAAGGCUGGUUCGCAGGAGAAUGCGGCUAAAGUUAUUAAGCCUGAUUUGACGCCGAAGAAGAUGUCUGAUAGUGCUUACAGUGCUGUUUUGCCAUUGGCUCAAGACAAGUGGCUUCUGGAUUCCUACCUCAACUCCUCAGGGCAUAUCAGAUUGGGAUCACUGCUGAUGGAUCUUGAUGCCCUGGCAGGCAUUAUUGCCUACCAACAUACCGGCGAUGGAGUGUCAACCGUCACAGCUGCCGUAGACCGAAUCACAAUCGAGCACCCACUGAUGGAGAUCUGCGAUCUCGAGCUCAGUGGCCAAUGCACAUACGCAACAGGUCGCUCAAGUAUGGAGAUCUCGUGCCAGGUCAACAAGGUCCGUUCUGAUGGGCAGCCGGCCCAGCCCGAUGACGUCCUCAUCACUUGUGCUUUCACAAUGGUCUCCUUAGACCCGGCCACCAAGACUCCCGUCCCUGUGGCACCUCUCGUCGUCGAAACCGAAGAGGAAAAGCGCCUCUUUAAGAAAGGCGAAGCAAACUACCAAGCCAAGAGAGCUCUCCGCAAGCGCAGUCUCCUCGAGAGAGCCCCAGACGACGAAGAGAGUGAUCUAAUCCAUUCAAUGUGGACAAAGGAAAUGUCCUACCUAAGCCCCAAUUACCACCCAAAACUAACAAAAACCCCCAGACACCCAAACCCCUCAACCCGCCCAGAAAACCAAGUUUUCAUGAGCGACACCGUCCUAAAAUCCGCCAUGAUAAUGCAACCCCAAGACCGCAACCGCCACAACUUCAUGAUCUUCGGCGGUUUCCUGCUAAAACAAUCUUUCGAACUAGCCUUCUGCUGCGCAGCCUCAUUCUCGCACGCGCGGCCCAACUUCCUCGCUCUGGAUCCAAGCACAUUUGAAAAUCCAGUGCCCGUCGGUAGCGUGCUGUACCUGCGUGCUACAGUUGCGUACACGGAGCCCGAAGAGCGCGAGGGCGAUAGCACCAAGUACACGAAGGUGCAGGUGCGUGUUGAUUCCAAGGUCAGAGAUGUUGAGCAUGGGUCUAAAAAGUCUACUGGCAUGUUUAAUUAUACUUUCCUUGUUGAGAAGGAUGUGCAUGUUAUGCCUAAGAGUUAUGGUGAGUUUAUGCUUUGGACUGACGCACGGAGGAGGGCUAGGAAUGCCGCUGCUAUCGAUCCGGCGCAUAAGACGAGUGCUUUGAGGGGUAUUAAGGAUAGUGUUACUGAGUAG